AUGCCCUCGUUGGUCAUGGUUGGUGUCAACCGCGUCGAGGACGAUGAUAUCGAACUCAGCGAAAUGUUGGCAAUGGAGCAACCACGUGAGCUUGGCCCGGGUGGAGAAUCCGCGUUCGGCUCAGAUCUCGGCAACCGCUUUGUAUAUUCAACUCUAAUGGCUUUUGCCGGCAUGGAGCCUUUUCACAUCGAGCCCGAGACUGGGCGCCGUAUUUUGUCAGCCUUUGCCCAUUCCUUCGACAAAAGUCUCCUUUAUCUCCUCAAACAUAAUCGCAUUCAAAGCUUGCUCGAUCCCCCACCUGCCACGGGGAUCCUCACCUCGUUCUGCCUCUCGAGCCGCCUUUCUGUCUGCCAGCAUUCCAAUACGAGAUAUCCACCUAUGCUCGAGAGGGUGGGGUUCCAUGCCAAGCUCGCCCGAGAAGUGUACUGCGCUUCGAAUGCGUUCGCUCUUCAGAGUCGAGCGGUUCUCCAGGUCGCAGGAAUUCCGUCAUUCUUGUCGAACAGCCUCACUGCCGGCCUACUAUGUAAUGCAUCUGGACGCUCGGCGACAUAUCAUGGUAGCCUAGCCCACCUGUACUGA